GCAAGUGGGAGUGCGUGGAGUUGGAGUGGAAGAACCAUCGUUCAGCAAUCAGGUCACAGACAAAGGACGGAAAAAGUUUCUACACUGUCCGCAUCGCAGGCUAGUAUCGUCAUCUUUCAGCUCGCAGUAGCAGCUCCUCUCGUCUUUUUUUUCUCGUUCGAGAGUUUUUCGAUCCGUAAUUUCGCCUGCCGUGCAUCGAAAAUCCGCGUUCGGGUGUGCCAUUCGACUAGUUUCUGCGCCGUUCCAAGUGCUGAACUUUUGAUUGGUGUGCGAAAGCGCACCGCAGUUGGACAAUUUCCAAGUGGAAAAAUCGUACGGUGGUGGUUCGGGGACGGUACGCUUUUCGUAAUAAAAUAUUCAUUUCACGUCUGCGGUGGUGGUGCGGUAGGUUGUUGUACGGAGGAAAGGACCGACCGCCGAACCUAGCCCAACCGAAUCGAGUGCGUUUGUGCGAACGAGAAGGCACGAAGAAAGUGUUGUUCACCCCCUUCGGUCGGUAUCUCCGAACGACAACACAGACCGUGGAACAAAGUUUUGUGUCCAUCAAGCAUCCAGGGGGACAUUUGAGCAGGAUAAAGAUGACUUAUCGGGAGGCCUCUCACGCCGGAAGUUGGUACACGGAUUCAGGUUCCGAUCUGAAUCGACAACUGUCCAAAUGGCUGGACGACGCUGAUCUGACAUUCGGGCCGGCCCGUGCAAUUAUUGCUCCCCACGCCGGAUAUCGCUACUGUGGAGCAUGCGGUGCAUGGGCCUACCGACAAAUUAGCCCAGCUGUUGUGAAACGUGUGUUUAUUUUGGGUCCAUCGCAUCACGUGCGGCUGUCCCGUUGUGCCCUGUCGGCGGCCCAGUACUGUCGCACGCCGUUGUACGACCUGAAGGUGGAUCAGCAGAUCAAUGCCGAACUGGAGGCUACCGGGGACUUCAAGUGGAUGGACCAGAAAACGGACGAGGAUGAACACAGCAUCGAGAUGCAUCUUCCCUACGUGGCCAAAGUGAUGGAAGACUUCCGUGACCAGUUCACAAUCGUGCCAAUCAUGGUCGGCUCGAUCAGCAGUGAGUGGGAGGAAACGUACGGCAAAAUUCUGGCGCCGUACUUGGCCGAUCCGCAGAAUCUCUUCGUUAUCUCGUCCGAUUUUUGCCAUUGGGGUGCCCGCUUCCGGUACACGUACUACGAGGAAUCGCACGGUCCCAUCUACAAGUGGAUCGAGGUACUGGACAAGAUGGGUAUGGACCUGAUCGAAACGCUGAAACCGGAGAGCUUCAGCGAGUACCUGCGAAAGUACAACAACACGGUCUGCGGCCGGCAUCCGAUCGGUGUGCUGCUCCAGUCGGUAGAUGAGCUGAAGAGACGUGGCUACCGGAUGAGUUUCAAAUUUCUCAAGUACGACCAAAGCAAUCAGUGCUGUGAUAAGAAGGACUCCAGCGUUAGUUAUGCCUCAGGGUCGUUGAUUUUCGAGUAAGGCCACGUUUUAGCCAACAUACUGGAAAGUAAAA